AUGGAAAGGGAAUCUUCAAGUACUAUACAAACGAAUCAAGAAAAUGAUGGGAUUGAAAUGAAUAAUGUAGUAAAUAUGGACGACGAAGUGGAAGAGCCCAAUGUUGGAAUGGUGUUUGAUAGCUAUGAAGAUUUGUUUGAUUAUUACACAACUUAUGGGAAGCGGUUGGCAUUCCCAGAUUCCCCAGUGGUUGGAAGUGAUGUCGUUAGUUCUGUUAUUGGUCCACCCAAUAGAGAAGUUGUUGAUACAAGUGGAACACAAGAGAGUGUUAUUAUCACGGUCUUGAAGGAUGAAGGUGUAGUUGACAUAUGGUGGGAAAAGAUGCCGAGUUGUUGGGGUGAAAAAAGAAGCCAAGUUGUUGGGAGGGGCACAAGUAAUGUAGGGAUUGGUGUUGGAAAUACUACAACUUUUGCUGGAGGGGCACAACUGCUACCAGGGUUGGAAAUGGUGCACUGGGUAGAGAAAUUGCAGGGCGAUUAA